AAGCGCAGGCUCAGACACACCUCCUCCUUCCCUUCCAUCACUCACAAACACAAAACACACAUAGAGGCAUACGCGAGUGUGAGAGCAUCGCUGGGUGAAACAGACAACAUGUAAAGGCAGCAUGAAGGACGGCACGGCUCUAGCAGGCUCACAGCAGGUGCGAUAGGUGAAGCUACACAUCACGGAGUACAGGCUGCUGCUCCACCAUGUCCACCGCAUCCGAUCCACUCACCGGCGAGACGGCUGUGUUGAUUUUGAAUCACACUGAAUGGAGAGCAUCUAAGUUAUUUUAAGAUGACACGAACGCAUCCCCCUGAUAUACUGGCAUCGACUCUAUAUCGGGACUUUACUCUAAAUCCCCUUACUGACCACUCCAUUUCUCUCCACUCCUCCCGGCAAUGUGACUUGAAAAUGAUCGACAAACCAGAAAUCAUCAACAAAAGACACUGCCGUAGCUUCGACUUCAUCGAGUCACUGGAUGACCCGCAGUCCUUCUCUUCCUCAAUGGAGUACCCUUACAAGAGGGCUGAGCAUCAGACAUUAAACAAAGAUCUAAUGUGGAAUGGACUAGAUCAGCCGGGUCACCUUCGCUUUUCGUCUCCUGAUCUGUUCAACACCAGGCAGUUCCAGCAGCACACCACCCAGGACAAAACCACUCAUCUUACAUGGUCAGAUUCUAAAAAGAGAACAAGAUCUAAAAGCACUCCAAGAAUUAAGGCCACCCUCACUCCUGUGCCCAUCUCAGUAUCUCCUCCAGGAGCCAGAAAGGGCAGGGAUGCGCCUCAAACUGCGUCAGAUACCUUGAGGACUUCUGAAACACAUCGAGAAUCCUACUCAAACAGGGCUUUUUUGAAUGAUGUGCAUCCUAUCAAACUGCAGCCUCAUUCUCCCCUCUAUGUCUCAGACUGUUUUGAGGAGGAUAAACCAGAUAAACCAGCCCUAACCCCUCAUGUUAGGUGCCGUGUGGACAUUAAACCAGAUGCGGCUGUACUGCAGCAUACAUCUAGGCAGGUUCCCAAUGUACGACCCGAGCAUCUUUGGCAGAGAUACUCCCAGGCCAGUAGCAGUAGAGGUUUGUAUGUACCACGACAGAUUGUCUCCUCACCAACGCCCACUCCAAGUGAAUGCUACAGUGGCGAUUUUAGACAAGGAUACCACUAUACCACCAGCAUGUCUCCCAUCUCUUACCAGCAUCUAGACAUGCACAGAAUGCCAUCACCAACAGCACCAUAUCUGAGCCAAGAACAAAGAGCUUACUCAAAUCCUAACAUACCAACCAAGUUUUUCUAUACAGAGGAUCCUGUUCGGUAUCCAGUCCAUCCCUAUUCUAGAACAUACUUUCAGGAUGAUCGGUCCAGUUUAACCAGCCAUGGUAGUACAAUGACUAGUCAGUAUGAUCCAAGGACUCGUUGGGUGCACACCCUUCCUGUCAGGUCGUAUUACACAGACCAUCUUUCCAACAGAGAGCCAGCACACUCUGUCUAUAGUAGGCCUUACUCCACAAGUGAGGCAGGUUCAUACUUUUCGCAAUCUCCACUGUCUAGAUUGUACUAUGGAGAGGACAACCGCUUCAAUCCUUACCACACGAGUAACUCAAGGUUGUUUUACCCCAAACCGUACAGCUCUCCUGAGGAGCAGUACCUUCCAUCAAGGCCAUAUCAUACAGAGGGUCGCAGACGCCCUCGCAUGUCCCAGGCCUUUUCAGAUGACUGGUAUCGCUCAAGUAUAUCUGGUUACUCUAACCAGUCCUCUCAGCACACACCACUAAGAGUAAGACAAGACCCCACUAUACCCCCUUGGUUUACUAACAGCUGUGUGGAAACAAGUCGACUAGGAGCAGAGGUCAAAAACCACUCCAAGUCUUGGGACAAUAUUCUAUAUCCACGGCAUGACAGAGAGCAAUCGGUGCCUCGUGGACGAAGCUAUGAAAACCUGUUUUACCAAGCAAGGCAUGGAGCAUCCUCUGAUGUUACAUCUCAACCUGUUAUACUUAACCUGUCAAGUUCACCAAGGCGCUACGCUGCCCUUUCGCUCUCUGAAAACUCAUUAGAGAGGGGCUCAAGCAAUCCGUGGAGGAAUACCAAGAGUGGGCACUGGUUUGUAACUCCUGAGAUCACCAUAACGGAUAACGACAUAUGCGCCGGCAACAGUAAACGCCGGGAUGUGCACUCUGUCAGCUGGGAUAUGCCGGAUGGUGAAAAGACACCAUCUCCGAGAGUAAUGCAUCAGAAGCAACCAUCCAACACAUCGGACAUAACCAAAGACAGGAAACACAACAACUUCUCCCUCCAGCAGAGUCUAGAGCAACUGGACGAACUCUUAGCGGAUUUGGUUGUUGAUUACAAACCACCAACUAGCAGAAAGUCAAGUGAAAACCUUCUAGACCAGCUAAAACAACUAAUUACUGAAGAUGAUGACAAAGACAGAGGAUCUUCUGGACUUGAAAACUUGGGAUGUCUGAACACACAGCUCCCUUCCUCUAAAUCCAGUCCAGACACAAUCAAAGACCCUGAUAGUGGGUGUGAUGCUUUACAAAGGAGUGCUGAAGAAUGUUCUCCAGACCACAGCACAGAUGAAGAUGACACUAUGGUGUGUGCUAACAAGAAGUGCAACCGGAUUGAGAGUAUGUUCAAUGCCUGCUUGUACUUCAAAUCAUGUCACAGUUGCUACACAUUUUACUGCUCACGUAACUGUCGCAGGGAUGACUGGGAGACCCAUAAAGAGACCUGUCUGUAUGGUCGUGUGAACAGUGUGUGUCGACACACUCUUAAGUUUUGCAGAGAGAAUUCAGAGAUCCACAAAGCCUUCUCUCGCGUUGCUAAAGCUGGCUACCUCUCCAGAGGGAGAGGCAUUCUUUUUCUGGGUUUUGCUAAUCCAGAGACAGCUGAAAACUUUCUGGAAGUUGGGCUCGAGAGCCUCCUCAUGUCUCCCACAUACUUAUCUCUCAGAGAGCUGGAUGGCUUCAAGGACAACCUAGGUGAAUACUGCAAGGAACUGCAGCUAGCAGGCAACGAGUAUGACCCCAAUGAAUGUUUCCUUCUGAAUGUAUCCGUAGCUGUUGGUGAACUAGUGCCUAACAGACCUUCACCAAGAGUCCAAACACCAACAGUUCGAAAAUAUGCAAAGGUGUCCUUGGCCUCUUCAAGCCCUGACAAAAAGGUACUCAAGAAGGAUAGUGAAAUGGAAACUCUCAUCCUCACUCCGCCUCCAGGCACACCAGACAUUGACAAGGAGGGGGAGGAAGGAAGAAAAGCCAGAGAGGUGUGCUUUGUCAACAUCCAGCGUGAGCUCAGGACCAGGGGAGUCUUCCUUCGUCACGAGUACCCCAAAAUCUAUAAUCAGCUGUGUGAGUUUGUGGAGAGCAACAAAGGGUUCACUCCAACCACAAUUUACCCAAUAGAUAAGAGAACAGGGAAACAGUUCAUGUGCAUGAUCAUGGCUGCAUCUGAGCCAAGAACACUGGACUGGGUGGGUACUCCUCAUCUCUUGGAUGAUAUUAUAUAGUAUAGCACUAAAUAGUAAUUAUAAUGAUGUCAACUACACUAAAUGUACAUACUGUAAAUACAUGGUGUGGUUUAGCAAAUUGAACAUUGGUAUGGAAAUUUGUGUAUAUAUGUGACCAAUCUCUUUCUCUCUCUCUUUCUCUUAUUUCUCUCUGUUGCCACACACACACACACACACACACACACACACACACACACACACACACACACACACACACACACACACACACACACACACACACACACACACACACACACACACACACACACACACACAGAAACAAACACAAACAAACACACACAUACAGUAUAUACACACUGUUUUAAAGGUUGCCCUAUGUUGUUUCUGGCUUGUUUUGAUUCUGUUGCACUCAGAAGAGUUAAUAGCCUGCAUGUAGAAUAGGCACAAACCCAGUUAUCCAGGUGUUUAAGAUGUGAACAUGUAUGAUCUGUGCAGUUUCUGCAGACAAUGUAUGAAGCACAUACUAUUUCUGAAGUACACAUCUCAUUGCCACCACAUAAUAGUAGGCACAGCCAGGUCUCAUGUUGUAACAGUCAUCCACUAUUGAUUUCUCCAACAAAUGUUAUAUCAGAAAUUUAUAUGAUAACUUGUUAUAGUGGUUGUACUAUUACAACUGUUUAUUAGUACUGAAGUAUUAUUUCCUAAGUAUACUGUAGUUGUGUGGAUAUUUUUUUUAUUGCUAUAUUAGUUACUGUUUGAUAGAUGAAGAAAUACAAUCAAUUUGUUUAUUUGUUUUUCCACUUCAUUAAGAAUUUUAGCUUGAACUUAUUUCAUCUUGUGAUAAGACUUGAUGUCAUUCUUGUAAAAAUUGCUUUGUUUGAAAGUGGCCUUCAGUCGAAAAAAAAAUGCAUUUGACACAAAGCAAUGUAUAGGUUUAGCUAUUUCUAAAGGCUUGACAGCUCUUGACAUAGGUUGUUUGAACUACCAUUGUAAAUGAACAAUUAUUUUGCUCAAAGCAUGUUAUUUAUAUUCAGGUAUUUUAAUAUUAAUUGCUUAUAAUUACAUUUAUUAUGUUAAUGAGAUACCAUUUGAUGCUUAGAAAUGUGAGAGUUAUAUAUAUA